AGCAGUUUUGGGAACUGGAACAGGGUAGUUGUUUUAGAGCUGGAACUGGGAAAAAAAUAACCCUUUCAAACAGACUGAGUGAAACAGGUAUUAGAAAUUAGUUACUGAUAAGCUAAUAUGGAUGAAAAUGAAUUGCACAAUGAUUGCAGUUGAACUGAGCUGCUAGCAUGAAUUACUGUCUACCAUUCAUAGAGAGAAUCAACGAUCUUUCCUGUGUAGCACACAACAGGCAGCCAAGCUCUAAACCGUAAGGAUGGAGGGGGAGGAACUGCAGAGGGAGUGAGCACUUCUACACAGGACCCAGUGACAUGGAUUCAAACACUGAGAUUGAAGCACGCUAUUCUACUCUCCCUCUAUGCUUAUUCUGUUUUAUUCAAGCCAAAGGGAUAAAAAUGUUAAGUAACGUAAUGACAUCUGUAAAGGAAAACUACAGGAAAAGAGUUGUGUGCCUUUAACUUUGAGUACAAUCCUACUUCUGCAGCAUUUUGUUUUGGCAUGGAUUCUGAUAUCCAUAAAAGGAUGCUUUUGUGUGCACCUAUAUAAGUUGAUUAGUCUACCGGAAUUUAUACCUCUUUAUGCGUUAUAUCGGAAGCAAUCACGAGCUGGAAGAAUGCCAGGAACUAAAGUUGAUGAUUACCUGUAUAGGAAUAGGUCUGCACUGGAAACAAAUGUGACACAGGAACCACUUCUGAACCCAUCUUCUGAUUAUGAUGAUGAGUUUCUACGCUUUCUUUGGAGGGAAUAUCUACACCCAAAGGAAUAUGAAUGGGUUCUCAUUGCUGGAUAUAUUGCAGUAUUUAUUAUUGCUCUCAUUGGAAAUAUCUUAGUUUGUGUUGCAGUGUGGAAGAAUCAUCACAUGAGGACAGUCACCAACUAUUUCAUAGUCAACUUGUCUCUUGCAGACAUUCUUGUCACUAUCACUUGUCUUCCAGCAACCUUGGUAGUUGACAUAACCGAAACUUGGUUUUUUGGAAAACCUCUCUGCAAAGUAAUUCCUUAUUUACAGACUGUGUCAGUUUCUGUUUCUGUGUUAACACUCAGUUGCAUCGCCUUGGAUAGAUGGUAUGCAAUUUGCCAUCCGUUAAUGUUUAAAAGUACUGCCAAGAGAGCAAGAAACAGCAUUAUAAUUAUUUGGAUUGUGUCCUGUGCUAUAAUGAUUCCUCAGGCCAUUGUUAUGGAGUGUAACAGUGUUAUUCCAGAUUUAGCCAACAAAACUAUUUUAUUCACUGUCUGUGAUGAGCGCUGGGAAGGUGAAGUUUACUCCAAGGUUUAUCACAUAUGUUUUUUCUUCAUAACAUAUAUGGUUCCAUUAUGUCUGAUGAUUUUAGCCUAUUUGCAAAUUUUCCGGAAAUUGUGGUGUCGACAGAUUCCUGGAACUUCAUCUAUCGUUCAGAGGAAGUGGAAGCCCUUGCAAUGUCCAAUGCAAUCUAGAGGUCAAGGACAACCAACAAUUAAACCAAGAAUUAAUGCCGAGAUAAAACAGAUUCGGGCCAGAAGAAAAACUGCUCGAAUGCUGAUGGUUGUUCUUCUUGUGUUUGCAAUUUGUUACUUGCCAAUCAGUAUUUUAAAUAUUAUGAAAAGAGUAUUUGGAAUGUUCGACUACACAAAUAACAGAGAGACAGUAUAUGCGUGGUUUACAUUUUCUCAUUGGCUGGUGUAUGCAAAUAGUGCUGCCAAUCCCAUAAUUUACAAUUUCCUAAGUGGUAAAUUUAGGGAGGAAUUCAAAGCAGCUUUUUCUUGCUGUUGCCUUGGUGUCCAAAAACCUCAAGAUGAUCACCUCAUUCGAGGAAGAGCCAGCACUGAAAGCAGAAAAUCACUGACUACACAGAUCAGCAACUUUGAUAAUGUUUCAAGAAUCUCAGAAAAUGUUGUUCUAACUAAUCUGAGCACUAUGAACCCAAAUGGUUCCGGAGCAGUUAACAACUGGUAAAGAAACUGCAAGAAAGACAAAUAUACAUACAAUUCAGCUGUGUAACAAAGUACAUUUUUUAUAUUACAUUACUGCUCAGCACUUUGUUUUUUGCUUAUUUAUAUGUUCUGGUUUACCCAAGGCAGAGCCAUGAUCAGGCUUAUUGCCAAAGCAAAUGCUUUAUCAUUGCAAUUUAACAAUGUUAUGACAAGCCAUACUUUUGGAGCACAAAGGUGGUGUGGUGGAUGAAAGCUUUCUAAAAAAAAAAAAAAAACUUUCAAGUAUUUAGGUAUUUUGUAAAAGUGAAGGAAAAUAAAAACAUGAUGUUUUGUCCAGAAACAACAAGACUCCAUAGCAACAUAACUACAAUAGAAACUGGCAGCUACUUUUUGAUGACUUGUUGUGAUUUCACUUUUCUUUCCAACAAUUUAUUUGCAUACCUCAACGUCUUUAUUUUUAUAUACAUUCUCUAAAUUAUGUUGAUUAGCGUUCAUUUUUGUUUCAUUUUUUUUUUUUUACGAGAUGCAACCAGUUUGGUGAACAGUAUAGAUAAAGUGAUCAUCAGUACUAAGAUACUGAAAAAGGUUUUAGUGAUCCUUUUUUUUCUUCUUGCGUAUACUGCCUGCUCAAAAUAUGCAGCUGUGUGUAAGGAUUAAAGGAUAUCUCUACUUUGUGCUGCAUUUUGAGUUGGAAUAUGCACUUUAAUAAUUGCAUAUACACUAUACUGUCAAAAGUAUUGGGAUACCUGUCUUUACACGCACAUGAAAUUUAAUGGCAUCCCGGU